GACAAGUUGAGUUUAUAUAAAUAAAAAUAUUUACGGUUUUUGAAUUUGAAUUUUUUUAUUUAAUUAAUAUUACAAUUUAUUCGAAGCAUUCUACGUUUUGUGUUAGUUUCAUAGUUUUUAUGAUCGCUAAAUAUAUAAGAUAAAACAUUGAAAAUGUCUUCGAGUGAAGACGAAGAUUUUUAUUCGGAUCCAGUAAAACAAUUAGCAAAGUUUAACGAUGUCGAAUCAAAUGACGAAGAUGAUUUUGAAAUCAAAGAAAAUGUACCUGUAUCACCGUCUCCAGUUAAAAUUGCUCCAAAACAAAGAGGACGAAGAUCAAAACAGAUUAAAAAUGACGAUUUAGAAAUUCUAAAGACUGAAGUUAUAAAAAAAGGAGUCAGAUCGAAAUCCCGAAGCAAAAAAUCAAAGGUAAAAGAAGAGACUUUAGAAGUUGUAAAAAGUCAAAGACCACGAAGAUCUCGAGCAAAAAAAACAUAUGUAGACGAAGAUGACGAAGAUUUGGAUAUAUUAGAAGUGAUUUCGUUGAGUAACCGACGAAGAUCAACGAAAAGAACUCGAACAGCUCAAUCAAAAUCACCAAAACCACGUAGAGGACGUAAAAAAAGGACCCGACAACAAAAUUCCUCGAUAAUAAUUUUAUCCGACAACGAGGAUUCCGUACAAACGAACGCCACACAAACCGAACAAAUCGUUUCGGAUGUAAAUUUCGAACAUAAAAUCAAGGUUUGGUGGCAAUGUAACGAAUUGACCGAAUUUAAAAUUCGUAAAUAUCAAAAAUUACAAACAAUCUUCGAUUUUUAUGCGAAUCGAGAGAAAAUCCCGUUAAAUCGUUUAAUUUUUUUAUUAAAUAAUAAGACAAUUUAUCCAACGGAUACACCGGAUAUGCUGAAAUUGGAACGGAUUCAUAUUAUCGAAGGGGGUUGUAUAAAUGAGGAUGUGGUAGACAUGGUGGGGGGCGCACGAGAAUCGAAUAAUGCUGCGUCGAUGAUUCAAUUAAAAGUUCAAUUACGUGAUCGAAAAAAACCAUUACAUGUGUUUAUCAAGAAAACGGAACCGUUAAGUGUGCUGAUGGCGAAAUGUACCGAAGAAUUAGAAUGUGAUAUUAAGAAGUUACGUUUUGAAUUCGAUGGGGAUUUAUUAAAUCCAAACGAUACGCCAGAAUCCUUGGACUUUGAUGGUGGCGAGUGUAUUGAUGUAUUUGUUAAAUAAAUUUAUAUUUUUAAGGAAUUUUUGUUCAAAAAAUAAGGAUAGUGGGGUAGUAAAUCUGCCUGGAUUAUGAUAAUCAAUUCGGGAAAUUUUGAGAGAAGACAAAAAAAUAUCAUAUAUCUCACGGUAUCGCGCCAAGCGCAAAGAGCUCCCUUCCAAACUUAUUCCUUUUCCCUUCCAUUUUCCCAACGACUUUAAUUAUUAGAUUUAAUUAAUAUUAAAUAUUAUUUUGAUUGAAAAAAUUUCAUUAUAAAUUGUACAUUCCUAAAUUGCCUCCAAAAAUUUGGGCACUAAUUAAUAUAUUGUUAUUAUUAGACGAAUAAACGAAGGACUAAACAUGAUCAAAGUUCGAAAAAUUUGAGCAGUAAGUCGAAUUUGAUUCCAAAUUAUUAAGAAUUAGUCUUAGACGCUGAAGUUCUCCUCUUCUAUGCAUUCAGAUUCAAUGAAAGUUAUCUCUUUCUCUUUGAAACUCUCUACGACGAAAUAGUUGGAGCCAACAUCCAGUCUAUAACGAAUUUCUCGAAAACACCACUAGACGACGAGGAAUCGUUUACCCUGAGCACCAGGUACCUCUGAGACCAAUUUUUCCACGAUAGUCGUGUUUAGCAACCCCGAAAACCCCUGAGUAACAAUUUUGGACUUUGGACGCGUUCAAUUACUUACUGCUCAAAUUUUUCGAACUUUAAUCCCUCGUU